AUGAUCAGACUUGGAACACGUAUAUUGGGAGGAGUCGCUCAGAGACAAUGUGGAUCAGUGAUGGCUGCAAGAUACUUCUCAUCGUCGACUCAGCAUCAACCACAGCAUGGAGAGCACGGCAGCGAGCCAACAACAGCAGAAUCACACAGCAGAGUGACGAUCGAGGAUUUGCGCGCACAGGAUCAGCUGUUGGCAAAGGAGGAGGCUCUCGCUCACGAGAACGACUUGUUCUUUGAGCAGACUUCCGGCCCCGCGCAGAACGGCCGCAACCUCUACGAGGUUGUUCGCAACCGCAUCACUGGCACAGACAUCACUUCGACGCCAGGCUAUCACAUCGACCACACCGAAUACCCGGUCAACUUGGAGCCCUCCCCCACCCACCUCUACGAGACCGAGGAGGAGAUGCUGCGCGCCACCGACAAGUACGGUCUGUUUGACAGCGGUCACCACGACGACCACGGCCAUCACGAUGAGCACCACGAUGACCACGGCCAUCAUGAUGCCGCCCACCACGACGACGCCCAUCACAAGGGCGCCGCUGCUGGUCACAAGGGAGCCGCUGAUCACCACGACCACGGUCAUCACAAGGAGCAUCACCACGAGGAGCAUCACGGUGAGGAGCACCACGACGAGCAUCAUCACGAGGAGUGGAAGGAGGAGACUGAGUCCAGAGGUUACUUCUUGAACAGAACGAAUGAUGAUGGCGUUGACUUCUCGAAACCAUUCUUCUUGAUGUUUGGCGCAGUGCCACUCUACUUUAUGUACUCAUUGAACAAGCAGAGUCAGAAGGUGCCAGACUACUCCAAGUCCAAAGAGAUAUAUCUAAAUCAAGUGAACCCCAAGCUAAGGGAUCACUACAACGAACUUAAAAAGAAGUCUUCUUCAGCCUCUGACUCUCAUUAA